GCCGCGUCUGCGCAGCGGCCGGGGGCACGGGCGCAGGCUCGAGGCAUCCGCCGCACCUCUGAGCCCGACCGGCCCGGCUGGGAGGAGGCGAGGUCCGCUGGCCAGGCCCUGACCGCGUUCCGGCCCGGAGGCUUCAGCCCCCACGCGGGAAUCUCCCUUGCUGACCCUGGGCUUUGUGGUGGCAAAGUCAGAGCCCCGACGCCUGCCUCAGUCUCCCCACCAGUGAAGGCUUCUGCCCCUCCCGCCGCAGCCCUGCAGCAUGCAGCCCCCGGAGAGCAGCGUCCACUACAGCAGGUGGGAUGACAGCAGCCCGGACCAAGUCAGCAUGGCGGCCGUGUCCAGCACAGGGGAGCCCUCGUGCUGCCAGAGGAUCUCCCGGAAGCUAUGUGGGGGCAAGCUGGGGGUCGCCAUGAAGGUGCUGGGCGGAGUGGUCCUCUUCUGGGUCGUCUUCAUCUUGGGCUACGUCACCGGCUACUACGUGCACAAGUGCAAAUAAGGAUGCCCCGUGUGCGCACUCAGGGCUGGCUGCACAUGCUUCGGGGAACAGGCUUGGAGGGAUGCCUGUAAUACAUGGACCCCCUGUAUACACACACCCCAUAAUAAAAACCCCCAAAUAUA